UGUUUUCGGAUCCGGCGCUUCGGCGAUGCGUCCGGCGUGCGAUGCCUUCGGUGCGCGUGGUAAACUUGUAGUGUGUGUCCAGAAAUAAGCGUGAAGUAAUGGAAGCGACGCGUUAUCGGUGAGCCUCCUGGUCCUGAAAGUUCUGACGCAGGAUGUCGGUCGACCUGAGCGUCGACGCGGUGCCGGUACUCUACAAGGAAGUCCACGGCCUGCUGAACCCGAACGACCGCAACGAAAUCGACCGCGAACUUUUCGGCCGGCUGUUGGCGUCGACGAACCUUCCGAAGACGACGUUAGAUCAGGUGUGGGAGUAUGCCGGUGCCAAGCAGGGGCCUGUGACCCCUACAAGCCUGUACAGAAGCCUUGCACUCGUGGCUAUAGCGCAGCAAGGCAGGCAGCUUGAUGAAAAGACACUGCUCAACCUCGAAGUGUUGCCAAAUCCAUUGCUGCCAAGUCCGGCCGAGCUUCGAGAGAAGCUCGGGUUGACUGGGCGCAAGAUGAUGAGCCUGGACCUGAAGUCUGGUGGCGCAGAUCCACGCAUCCUCAACACCAGCUACGCGCAGAUGGUGGCGCAGGACACCAUUCGCGUCGCUUUGGUUCCCGAAAAGAAAGGCAUCAUUCUCAAGCAUGUAGUCUACGAGGUUUCUAGUCAGAGGUACCAGUCUCGUGUCGAGCGGCGGUACAACGACUUCGUGACGCUGUUUGACAUCCUGGUGCAACGGUUCCCCUACCGAGCUGUGCCGCAGUUGCCACCAAAGCGAGCGAUGGCUGACUCGCAUUUUAUUGAAGAGCGGAGGCGGGCGCUCAGGCGAUUUCUCACCCUUGUUGCAAGGCAUCCCGUCCUGGGCUUCGACAAAGCAGUCAACAUAUUCCUGACGUUUAGUGGCACGGAUGUUCAAGCACGGCUCAAGGAGUACUGCAAAAAUGUGCCAGACGAGUUCCUUACCAGUGACGUCGCACGUCGGUCGGACGAGCUGGUGUCCAGCGACACGACGGUGCAGUUUGCCAUGGCGCGAGAGCAGCUGCGUCAGGUGUACAUCUGCCUCAGCCAGCUGCGCGAGGCUACCCAGCGCAUGGUCGACCGAUCCAAGAUGGCCGCUGUGGACAUCCUCGUUGUCAGCAAGGAGUUCGCGACGUUGAGCAACAUAUCCAAGCUGGAGUCCGACUGGGCAACGGGUGGAAACGACGCCUGGAACAUUGUGCAGAAGGCAUUGCGAUCCUUGCAGAGCCUUCUUGUGCCAAUUCAUGAGGCUCAUUCUGAACAGUCUCUCCAUGAAGAGGAGGAAGUUCUAGAAGAGCUUAACUUAUUCCUGGACCUUCUAGUUGCUUACAAGGCGUUAUGUGAUCGUCACGAAAGUGGUGUUGUACUUGGCCACCACAAGGCCAUCAACAGAAUGGUGAAGAAGUCCUCCAACUCAUUCGGAGCUGUGGAUCCAAUGAAGCAGGCACAGGAGCUCGAACACAGGACGCAGUUCUCGCUGCACUGCGUCCACCUGGAGAGCCAGAUGGUGUACGCCCACAUGGAGGCGCUCGGCGGCAUCACUCGAGCCUUGGUCCGCAUACAGGCUAACGGACAUGCCAAGCUGGGAGCCCUGUGGAGCAGCAUGGCACCCGCUGUGGCAACCAUGGUCCCGAACGCAGGAACACAAGUGCCACAAUGAGGAUUGGCCCAUAAGACCAGCGAAUCUGCUGCUACCCCCUCUCCCUCUCCAUUGUUUCAACGGCUUCAGGGGUGGUAGCCGUACGUACGAAAGGCCGAAAGGCGCACAAGUCACAUAAUGCAGUUCUGUGGACUGUUGCCAAGCGGCUUGGGCAGGAAAGACCUUGCAGGCACUGUCCACAAUACUUUCUCGCUUGUUCUUGUGAAGCCGUUAGGACAAGGCAUGUGUGCAAUUGCAAACCGGAUUAUUUGAGGUUCGGGGUACACUGAUCAGAGUUACUGCAUUUUCGUACAUGUUAGAGGACAACUGGAACAUAGGAGACUUUGCUUGAUCACAAAUGAGACUUUGCUUAGACGGCGUAGAUACAUCCUCCAGUGAAAGCUGGGGCAAUAAAAUACUACAGAUAUAAGCUUCACAAGGUCUUGAAAUGUUGUCAUAUUUCAGUGCCAAGACUAAGAGAAAAAAAAAAUGCAUCCAUUACUUCUUAAUAGCAGUGAGCUUAAAGGCAUGGCUACUUCACAAACCUUGCCAAACGAGGGCUCUGAGGCGUUACAGAAACAGUGUGUCUCCAUAAUUCUCCAAUUAAUUUUCCGUUAAUGCUUCCAUAAUUAUUUGCUGCUAAUGUGUUUGUAAGAUGUUUUGUGACAGCAGCCAGGUAGGUGAUUCACCAACUUACAUGCUAUUUGGAAACUUAUGACAAAAAAGAAAACUGCUCCAUUACCAAUCACACUAUUCACAAUCGUCAUGGUACCAGUCUUCCUCAGCCUUGUUAAGAAUGUCAAUGGUACUACGCAGUUGUAAUAACUUUUGCCUAACAUCGCAGCUCGACCUAUGCAAGUACCACUCCUUUGAGUAGUUUCAAAAGCAAAGUAUGUCCAUGGAGGUCACAUGAGGCUUUUCCGUGUUGCGACAUCACGGCUAUACAGUCUACCAUUGCCGUGAAACGAGACCACAUUUUUAGGAAACCUCUAACGUCAGACACAAGUACAAUUCUGGCACUGUUUCACACCCCUGAAGCAGGUCUUUGCUCUUGUAAUAAUGUGCAAAUUGUGUGCUAUUUGUUCUUUUCCCAGUAUCCUACAGUUGUACCUCAAUUUACUGAACACUGUUCAUAUGAAUGCAGUUUUGUAACGAAAGUAUUGUUGUUUAGCACCCAAUUUUCACACGUAACAAGCCUAAAUUGUCCAUGGUGCUGCUGGUUAUGUGCCCGAGGAUGCAGUAAUUCUGUGAAAAGGUAGCGAAUUCUACGUCGUCUGUGAAUGCACCUCAAGGCCCAAAGACUCUAGAGAGAUUAGAUGUAGAUGUAUGUAGCAGUGUAUUUCUUUAUCUUUUCUUUUUUUUCUUUGUACAAUGAUGUGGCACAGUUUCCUAAAACUCUUCAAGCUCAGUAGUGCAAUGACCUUUGUUAGGUUUCUCAGAUAUUUAGUUUCUUGUUAGGAAGGAGUUGUGACGCAUACAUUACCAAGGCGCCUUUGUUUACGUUUUAGAGAGAAUACAUUGCCGUUUUUGUUAAGUUUGCAGUUUCUACAUUUUUCACUCCAUAUGUAGACAUUUGCAUUGCACUUCAAGUUUUUUCUUUUUAUGACUUCAAACAUGUUAUGGUGAUGCGUGUAACACUCCCAUUUUCAACAGUGCGAAAGAAUACUGUUAUACAUAUGUUGCACCAGCAUAGAACAAAUAUGAAUGUGCCUUUGUUCAAGUUCAAAGUGGGAUGGCAUUUAGGGUUAAUUCCACCUAGUGAAGACUGUGCCUUGAUCUAUAUUAAAUUUUUUAUCACUGAAACAAACUUGAACACUACUCGUAGAACUCGUUUUUUUUUCUGUACACAGUAUUUUGUUCAAGCCUCAAAUGCUCAUCUAGAAUCAAAGUUCAAGUGUGCACUUGGUUCUACAUUCCUACGUCUAGCGAGCUCCAGUUCACAUUGCUGUAUAUACGUUUGUCAAGCAAGUUGAUUUUAGUGACACGUCGGGAUUCAGCUGGCAGAAAAAUAAGCACUACAUUUUCGUUUGUCCUUCUGCGCUCUUUCCUACCCCAUGGUUUGUAGCAGUUUUGAGUGAUGCGGAAACGAAUUUUCAGAGCUGAAGACUCUUUGCUGAAGUUCAAUUAUUUUUUGACAGCUGGCAACAAUGAUGUUGGAGUCUGAACAUAAAGCCGGUUGAAUCGUUCGUGCCUGCAGUGCUUACUCGCUGGAGUGCCUUUCUUGUUUACUGACAAUGAAAAAAAUUUUAGUUGUUGUAUGCAGUUCUUUUGUUAGAGAUCUUACAUGUAACAUAAUUAAAUACGGUUUGAUAAAAGGCCUGUAUAUGUAAGAGCAAAUUGUCAGAAAAUGAGAAGGGAGCAAAGAUGUCAAAGCAGCACAGUCGAGAGUGACAACAGCAACUGGUGUGUGCUCUUUUUUAUUGCCAGCUUCCGAGGCAUGAUCCGCCUGGGCCGAAUUCAAUUGUAUUUAAUUUGGACACUCACUUAGCCACUUCUCAUGAACGAACAAGCUGAUUUACUACAUUUUUUGCUUAAUAUACUUGACAACGAAUGAGCCGAGCUUGCCGAUGGUACUUUACAUUUUUCGGGGUUCUCAUUUCCUUGUUUGCCACACGUUUUAUACUGCUGUUAAAUUCACUGCAUUAAAUAGUUGAGAUUUAAAAA